AUCGCGUCGCAUUAACUGCCGCUCCAUAACGGUUAAUACUGGGAUACUGACUUUGAUUCUGGUUCAGAAGCAGCAGUAUCGAUAUAUCAGGUUCAAAAUCCACACGGCAAAACAAACAGUUGAAAUAAAUUUAAUGUAAUUAGGCGAUGAUGUCGUUCGGCAAGAUUGUGGUAUUCCUGGUCCUAGUCCUAGCUCACCUAAAGCAUUGUACGGCCUUUACUGCGCCAUCUUUGGAAAGGACCAUCUACUACCGGAAUACGCCACCCGAUCCGUUUGGUCACUACAGCUUCGAGUUCCAGACCACAAAUGGCAUUACCACCAGAGGAGCUGGUAAUGAGAAUGGAGCCGUCGGAGUGGUUCAGUUCGUUUCUCUCGAGGGAAUACCCGUUACAUUCUCCUACGUGGCCGAUGCAAAUGGAUAUCAGCCCACCGGAGAUCAGAUUCCUGCCAUCCCGCUGCACGUCAUCCGCCAGUUGGAGUACAUCCGCACACAUCCACCGGUGGAUGAGCUGCGCUCGAGACGUUGGUAAAAAACUCUACAACAUUACAAUAAUUAUAAAUUGACUUCUAAAUAGCUGCCGAUGGGCUGGCUGAAUAUACAACUGGAUACAGUUCGCAAUAUUUUUAUUUCGUAUUUAUGUUAAUUAUUUUUGCAUGCAAAUCGGACAAUAUGACAACAACAAAAGCAUGCCAAGGUAUAUGGCAAGUCAAUAAAUAUUCUAGAAUUAUAAAUAAAGUACUAGACUUAAUUGAUCUGCGUUCCUGAAGUCCGGAAAGUUUGCCUAAAGGAAGGAACUAUGAUUAAUAAAUAACAAACGAAAUUGCGAAACGGGACAAAAUAUGAUAAGCAAGUCAGUGGAAUUUUUAGCUGCGGAUACUUCAAUUGAAAAGUUAUGCUGGCUGGGAUGCAGAAAAGGAAAUAAGUAAACAAAGAUAAAUAAUUAAUUAAAGUAAACUUAAAGUGUCUGAACAAAAAAUUUAAAAAAUUUUUGUAAUAGUUGCAAAAGAGAAGAUAGAAUGUAAAAAUAUUUUAUCUUUUGAUAAUAUUUUAUAAAUUACAAAUUUCUUAGAUUUGUGGAUUGCGAACGAAUUAAAUAUAUUUUU